CGGUUUCCGGGUUGGGCUCAAGGCAGCCUUCUGCGUCAUGGGGACUUGGCAGCGUUUGCUGCUUUUUGGGGGGGCGUCGCUUCGGGGCUGCGGCGGGGCCUGUGUCCCGCUUGGGGGAGGCCGAGUGUUGGUUUGGGGGCGCCAGUUCUCUGGUGCUGAGAGUGAGACCCUAAAACAAAGAAGAACACAAAUCAUGUCUCGAGGACUUCCAAAGCAGAAACCAAUAGAUGGUGUUAAACAAGUUAUAGUUGUGGCUUCUGGAAAGGGUGGAGUUGGAAAGUCUACUACAGCAGUGAACCUUGCACUUGCUUUAUCAGCGAAUGAUUCGUCAAAGGCCGUUGGUUUGCUAGAUGUGGAUGUGUAUGGCCCUUCUAUUCCGAAGAUGAUGAAUCUGAAAGGAGAUCCAGAAUUAUCACAGAGUAACUUAAUGCGGCCUCUUUUGAAUUAUGGUAUUGCUUGUAUGUCCAUGGGCUUCCUGAUUGAAGAGACUGCACCCAUUGUUUGGAGAGGCCUUAUGGUAAUGUCAGCCAUUGAGAAACUGUUGAGGCAGGUAGAUUGGGGUCAACUGGACUAUUUAGUUGUUGACAUGCCACCAGGAACUGGAGAUGUGCAGUUAUCAGUCUCACAGAAUAUUCCUAUUUCAG